AUGUUUGCUUCAAGACUACUAAUAAUCUUCACAAUAAUCUCUGCAGCCUUCUUCACCGUCGGAUCAAUCCGAUUAGUUCCAGAUGAAAAAUCAUCAUUCAAAGACGCAUCUCAAGAUUUCAUGGAGGCUCCAGCAUACCAAAACGGACCAAAAUGCUCUGUUUUACCCAAAAACAAACUCUUAUUAGCUUGCGACCCUUCAGCUGUUCACAUAGCAAUGACUCUAGACCCAGCUUACUUGCGUGGCACGGUUUCUGCAGUCCACUCCAUCCUCAAACACACCUCUUGCCCUGAAAACAUCUUCUUCCACUUCAUCGCGUCAGGUUCGAGCCCUCCGCUCGCAAACACUCUCUCCUCUGUUUUCCCUUCUCUGAGUUUCAAACUCUACACCUUCGACGAAACCAUCGUCAAGAACCUCAUCUCUUCUUCCAUAAGACAAGCUCUCGACAACCCCUUGAACUACGCAAGAAGCUACUUGUCAGAGAUUCUCUCCUCCUGUGUUCAUCGUGUGAUCUACCUGGACUCAGAUGUGAUCGUGGUCGACGAUAUCAAGAAGCUAUGGCAAGUUUCUUUAACCGGAUCAAGAACCAUCGGCGCGCCAGAAUCCAAAACUCUCGAGCGUGUUUGA